AGUCACAUUAUACUAAGAUAAUAAUUCUCAGAACGAUAUUGAAUUAUUUUACGUAUUUUUAUUGUGUUUUAUAGCGCUGCGUCAUCACGUGACCUGCGCUUUGCGCCUGUCAAUAUUUUGGUGACGUCAGAUCUUAAAAUAUAAAAUAUGCUACGUUUAAAUACUAUUUUAUUAGCAUUACACAAUACGAAUGUAUUAUUAAAAAUAGAUUAUGAAAGUGUUUAUUUAUAACGUGCAUGGCUUUCGUGUCACCAAAUUGUAUUUAACUUCCGGUCACAUGUCCAAAACGCCUGAAACGUGACAUGCUAACCAGCCAUUAUUGAUCAUACAAAUAUAAUACCAUAAAAUGAUAUUCGGUGUCAUUCAUUCAUCGCAUUUCUUGUACAUCUUAUAGCAGACGAUUUGAAUUCAGUCGUGUUUGUGUGAAAUGAUGGACAAAGACAAGCGUGGCGACAAUCUUGACCAUAGCAAUUGGAUGGAGAUGCACCAGUUCAUUGGGGACCUCCUGAUGUCAUCUGGGAGCUCCGCGAAGGAGCAGCCCGACAUCAUGAACGUGUGGAGCAUGUUAGGAGGAGACACGCUCAAACAAGCCCGAUCGAUGCACGACAAGACCGAGGCGGCGCUGAGGAAAAACACAACAAAAGACCACACGCGCCAUGUCUGUACCUGCCCCGGCUGCCCGUACUCCUCUCCCAGACAAGCCUCGUCCUCGCUUCCACAUUCUUUGGAGGCUCCAAAAGAGCCAAAUGCAUCCUCCACCAGCACCAGUGAUCCUCUCCCACCUGACAGUUGCCCUGGACCUGGGGGUCCAUCUGAGAGCAGGCCCAACCCUGAAACUCUUCCCUCCGAACAGUCUUCUUUGAACCAGUUCUCGUCCAUGUUCCCUUGCUCUCCCUUCUGUCACACGCACCACCACUUCCACCACCACCACUGCCCUAUCAGCACGUGCCUGCCGUACCCGCAACCUUCCUUUUCCUGCCUGGCGUCUUUGCAGUCCUGCCUGCAUCAACGCAGGCCCGAGGAGCGCGGCCGCCCGUCGACGGCUCCAUUGUCGCACCCCUGCAUGCACUGCUCGGCGUCCUUCUCCAGACCCUCGCAGCUGCUGCAGCAUCAGCGGGCCGAGCACGCCCAAAAGGCCUCCGGCUUCCUGUGCACACAGUGCGGUCGGACCUUUAAUUCGCACAGCAACCUGCGCAUACACCUCCAUGUGCAUACCGGCGCCCGGCCGUACGCCUGCUCUGAAUGCGGCAAGGCAUUCAGUCAGUCGGGCGCGCUCAAGAUCCACAGGCGGAUCCACACAGGCGAAAGACCGUACUCUUGCGACUUCUGUGGGAGGGGCUUCCCCCAUCUGGCGGGGGUCCGAGCCCAUCAGAGGAUCCACACCGGGGAAAAACCUUAUCGCUGCAGCCAGUGCGGCAAGUGCUUCACCCAAUCCGGAGCCCUCAAGAUUCACAUCCGCAUUCACACCGGCGAGCGGCCGUUCGUCUGUAACAUCUGCGGAAAGGCCUUCUCCAACCGCUCCGGCAUCCGCUUCCACAAUCAAACGGUCCACGGUCUAGACCCGGAACUGGCGGGGCCCACCAGGGUGGCGCUCGGGCGUCCUCGUGCUUAUCCGCCUGCUAAUCUGAACACGCCUCAAAGCCCUGACGGCAACACUUCAUCGCAGACCCCGAGUCAGCCUGGAUUGACGGUGCCCGGUGGGAACGCCGGCAAGUGUCCGACAGAGGGAGAGAGCGGCAAGUGUCCGACAGAGGGAGAAAGCGCACGGCUCAGUUACGAGUGUGAGGACUGCGGCCUGCGUUUCAAAGAUGCGCCUUCACGGAACACACACCAAACUCUGGCGCACUAUUCUGUGGAGGAGGAGGAGGCUCUCAAAGAUGGAAGCACAAAUGAACGUGUCACCCAUGACAGUGGGGAAUAGGUUUUGCUUUUGAGGUAUGACACACUAAAUGGCUGCCAAAAUAUAUUUGUUACAAAACACAAAUUACCGUAUUAUUGCUUGACCUUCCACAGUAGAAUACAUCAUUAUAUGUUGUAACAACAAUUAGAAUUUGAACUCAAAUGCCAGUGAAAUUAAUGGAAAGGAAAUUCUACUAUAAAGUGUGGUAGUAGUACUCGGGCUCCCUCUAGUGGUCCUCAAAAGUCAUUGAAUUAAUUUUUCAAACUGCAUAAUGUUGCGGUGGCUUCAACAUUGCAAAAUCCAGUUCAGUGAAUUUAUUAAAUGCUUUUGAAGUCGUAUACAACCUUUCAAUAUAACGAUUUGCAUUUAUUCAUUUUUAAAUGUUUUGUCUUUAUUGGCGUAUAUUGGUCAAAUCGUUUUUAAUUUAUGUGGAAUAUUUUUACAUCAGUUUAUCCUAAAGUGCUUUUUAAUUCAUUUAUUUGUUUAGAAUUGUGCCUUACAAAUAAAAUGUUAGUCUGCAAACGACACUACAAUGACCUUCAGUAAUGGCACUUUCUGUUCAACCCUUAUAUAUAAUACAAAAUAGGGAAAACAGGCUGUAAUAAAAAAAUGUAUUACUAAUUUAAUGUUAGUAUAAAUCUCUUAAUACCACUGUCACGCCCAAAAAGGGAUUCAGUACACUGUAUAAAAAAAUCCAGUGUUCCUGGGUGGGAGAGUUUUGUGCACUUGUUAAAAACGUUGAAAAAAAGUUGUUUCACAAUUUGUUGUUUUCCAUAAGCAUUUUCAACGUAGAGUUUGAACGUGUCCAUUGUGCCUCUUGCGUCGUAAAAUCUUUUAUUAUAAGCAUGUUUAGCAUGUUGCACUUAGCACUAUUUAUUAGGCAACCGUCCAGUACAUCUCUUUAAUAUUUAUGGCUCACUAGAGCCACCUAGUGGUGCCAUACAGUAAAUGGCCACCACGCCAUUCCCAGUGCAUCUCUGUUGGAAGAAAAGGUGACUGUAAAUACAAAACUAUUCCCAUGUAAUUUCUGAAAGUGCAGCUUUUUUUAUCAAUAAUAAAAAACGUGAUACUGAAGGAG